GCAGGGAGUGCUGAGCAUGGGGUACAACCAGGGGCAGGUCUCAAUCAUCGUAGUAUAUAUUUCCCGUGACGCCCCCUCUCUCCACCUCGCAUAAGCUCGGAGUCUGUGUUGGUGUGCGAAGAUUGUGCGAGUAAAUAACACGUCACUCAGGAUUCCGCGUGGGGAAACAACAGCGACCCCACGAACAUACAGAUUAUAUCCUUAUGAGACACCGCGAAUAGAAGCAAGGGAUCUGUUGGCAUUGCAGCAGCUCCAGAGGUGUGAGCACCUGCCAUGAUAUCGGCUGCCUUGCUUUACAGUGGCGGACACAACUGGACUAGUGGAGACCGUGUUCGCAUGUGUGGUAUCAACGAGGACAGGAGAAUACCAUUGUCUGAUGAGGAAUCCAAGGCCAACAGCUCCCAGCACCUGGGGUCAGAAGAUUGUUGUGUAAGCAGAAUCCUUUCCAAGGUGGAGUUCACACCAGCAACCAACCAAAGUGAUGCCCUGAUGCUGCAGGAAGAUGGAGGUGUGGAGGUAAAAACUGGGCAAAAACUUGAGGAGAAGCCCCCAGAUCCUGUAGGAGAGUCAACAAUCCUCCAAACCUGUGAUAAUACAUCUCGCUUAGAGAGCAGACAAAGACCCAUCAUGUUGGAUACAACCACACAAGGAACUACAAAUUCAGGCAGCAAAAGAAUAGAAGCUGCUAGGACUCCAGCUUCAGAGAAAGCUUCUGGAGUUGAACAUCAUUCUUUACAGCCUGCUGAUGCGGAACAUUCUGGGAAGCAAAACACAGUGUUGAAUGCUGGCAUACAAGUAGCUGGUCAACCAAUGGAGGCUUCUCACACUGUAGUUUCCUCCAGUUUUAACACCCUUGCUCCUUUUGCUAUGAGCAGAAUCUGCUUCUCCACCACUCAGGUCCCUAACAUGCAGAAACUUCCUCUGUCCUUUCCAAGUGGAACUGUUCUAGCCCAAAGCCAGCCUUUGGUUUACAUCCCUCCCCAAAACUGUGGGCAACCUCUAAGUGUAACUACCUUACCAACCACCCUUGGGGUGACACCAGCUCUUACCCUUCCUGUGUUGCCCCCCUAUCUGCAGGAGAGAUGCAUACCAAGCAUAAUAACACCUUCAGAACUGCAUUCACAUGCUUUUGCUUCUUCUUUAGGUAGGCCCUUAACCACUGAUCCCAAAGUGAUUUCUCUAGAAUUGAAUAAACCAGCCAGCACAUCCUCAUCCAGUUCAUCCCUUGACAGCAAUAGCAUUACCUCAGUUGUAGAAAGUUCAUCAAUCUGCAGUGAUACUUCUUCCUCCGCUAUAUCAAUUCUUUCUUCACAUCCCUCCCACCCUGCAGUUAAUGUAAGCCCUCUUACUGUAUCUUAUGCCAGGGCAUCCUCACUUACACAGCCAGUAAAUGAUUCUGCAUCUUCAUCUGUUUCUCCAUUAAAAUCCCCUCCACAGCUUGAAAGAGAGAUUGUGUCACCUCAAGAUUCUUGUGAAAUGCCCCUUGAUCUGUCCUCUAAAUCUCACCGACAUAAACACACACCACCCAACCAACGCAAAACUCCCCCAAUGCCAGUGUUAACCCCAGUACACACUAGUGGUAAAGCCUCACUAUCCACAGUGCUGUCAAGAUCUGAUUGCAGUUCUCAGCGUCCCACACAGAACAGCUUCACCAGCAGCAGUGCUGGCCAGAACUUUCGUGCUGCACCCCCUUUGGUAAUGUUCCCUGAGUUCUUAAGAAAUGGAGAUCCAGGAUCCUCACAAAUAUUGGGAACUUCUGGGUCUUGGAUUAAAAACUCUGCUGCCCUCCUUAGCACUAUACCUGGUACUUAUGUAGGAGUAGCUAACCCAGUGCCUGCCUCUAUGUUGCUGAACAAAGACUCUAACAUGAGCCUCAACACAGACUCCCGACAUUUGGCCAAACAGGAGCCAAUUUCAAUUAUUGACCAGGGAGAGCCAAAGAACUCAGGACCAUGUGGCAAGAAAGGCAGCCAUACAAAUAUAGAUGGACAGCAUUCUACAGCCAAGAGGUACAUUCAUGGACAAGUGACAUCUUUUUGUCCACCAAAGGAGUGGUCUUUAGCUGGGCAUGGAAAUAUGCACUCAAAAUGUCCCUUAAAUGGGAAGCCCAACAAUGCUCAGGUUCUGCCAGUUAGUUGGUCUCCAUACCAUCAGACUUCUCUGCUUUCCAUUGGCAUACCAGCCACUGGAACACUUCAUUCAAAUCAAGGUAUUCCUCACAGACUUCCCAUUGGAGAGUAUACCUUGUUUCCCAACAUUCUUCCAGCUGAGACCAAUAUAUCACCUCAAAAAACUGUCAGUGAGAAUCUUCCUGAUGCUCAGCAGAAAAAUAUGGCAGCAUCAAGCCCUGAGAAUGAUAUGGGAGUGAAGGGAAAGCCAACAGACUUGAUCUCCAAGCCACAGAAAUCACAUUCUAAUAAAACUCUGCUUGCACCGAAACCAUCUACAGUGAACCCUGUAAUGUUCCUUCAGCCAAGCCCUGUAAAGAACGUAGCUUGUGCUGAUAACCGUUUACAAAGUACAAAUGGAAACAGUGCUUUAAACACAAGCUCCAAUGAUCAUAAUAGCAAAGGUGAAAAAAUGCGUCCUAAGUUAUCUUGCACUCGAAAGCCAUUUGGGGACACCAAACCUAAAAAUAAAGUAUUGGCUACUUAUAUGACAUACGACCAAUCUUUAAUCGCUCAACAGAAAGAUUCAUUCAUUCAGCAAAAAGACACCUAUGGUCUUUCUUUGUUGGGUCAAGACUGUAGCAAAAAUGGUUCAGGGACUGAGAUUUCACAUAAUCAGCCCACUCCUCGUAAACGGAACUUUAAGAAAGGGCACAGCACAGAUACACCACACAUUGUCCAAGAGGUAGACUUGAGUAAAGUCAAAAUUGAAAGGGUAGAUGAUGAUGAGGCUUUUGGCUGCAUUCCCUCCUGUAAUAGUACACAUUGGACACCGGUGGACAUACUAGCUAUUCCAAAAAUAAAGAAAAGGAUUAAGAAAGAACCUGGGUUAAGGGGACGUUCCAGGCGUUUAGAGGACAUAGGAUUAACCAAGCCAGUUCAACAGAAGUCAAAAUGUAGAAUAAAGCACAGAGAGGAAGAGUUACAUAAAACUGUUCAAGAACCUCACAAGCGAAAGCGGAGAAAACAGCCAGCCGUCACUCAAGCAACAGGGAAACGAGAACAUAAGAUUACAAGAUCUGAAAAGGAGUCAUCAGUUGGUCGGCCAAGGAGACGGAGGAGGAAAGCUAUCAAGUGUGAGCCCCUGGACCCAGAGCUGGACAGAGCCAUACCAGAGAGGAAAUCCAAGAACAGCUUCAGAGACUUCAUUCCUGUGGUCCUAAAAACCCGAACUCGCAGCCAGACAGGAAACACUGGUUCCUCAGAUAGCGGGACAACCUGUACUGAGAACUUUCAAUGUCUGGAAGAGGAGUUGGAAAUGAAUGUGCCUUGCAAACGGCGGAAACUGCGGAAGGUUUACAAAGGAUGCCGGCGUCACAGGUUUACUACGACCAAAGAGGAGCCCCAACCAGAACCCAUCACUCCUGUCCUACGUAGCUCUUGGGAACUAUUCAGCAGAGUGACUGAUACAGGAAAGCCAUGGACAAUCCUGGAGGAUAAUGGAGAGGAGGAAAAAGAUGGACCUCUGCGAAGGAGAAAGAGGAGGAGACAGAAGAACAGAAAAUACCAGAAUGGGGAGUAUUUGACAGAGAAAGAGGAGGAAGAGGUGUCUCAUUGCUACAGGAGAAGAAAAGCUAAACGAGAUUUCCGGAAAAGGAAACGUUUGUCUUCAGAUGAAGAAUCUGAGAUCCUGAAAAGCAAACUCUCCCCAACAUCUCGUGACACACAAAGGCAAAGUGAUUCCCGAAGAGGCUUUCCAGAAGAAUCUCCCAGUCCCCAGAUUCCAGAAAAGCCAACAGGAAAGCGGAAGUGUAAAACAAAACAUGUUGGAGGCAGUCCUGACGAGGAUGGGAAGGGAAAGAUGAGGCGGGUCAGCCAAUCUCCCAAAACCACCCCCACCAAAUCCACACCUUCCAAGAAAGGCACAGAUCCCAGCACUCCUUGUCGUUCAAGACGGACAAGUUCACUUGGUUCUUCAGACACUCCCUCAGCUCAGCACAUCCCUCCUGAAGCGCGGAGAUUGAUUGUGAACAAAAAUGCAGGCGAGACCCUUCUGCAGAGGGCAGCCCGGCUUGGAUACAAAGAUGUUGUGCUUUACUGUCUGCAAAAAGAUCUGGGAGAUGUCAAUCACCGGGAUAAUGCAGGCUAUACAGCAUUACAUGAAGCAUGUGCACGUGGUUGUACAGAAAUUCUACAAAUCUUGCUAGAUCAUGGCGCCAAUGUUAACUGCAGUGCACAGGAUGGUACCAGACCCAUCCAUGAUGCAGUGGUGAACGAUAACCUAGAGACAGUUUGGCUUCUCUUGUCAUACGGGGCUGAUCCUACAUUAGCCACAUACUCUGGACAGACUCCUAUGAAGCUUGCCAGUAGUGAGGUCAUGAGGACGUUUCUAAAUGAUUACCUCUCUGAUCUCCGAGGCCGACCAGAUGAGGACCCACGUGCAUCCUGGGAGUUUCACAGUAGCUCUGUAUUAAGUGGUACAGAUGACACUUGCCACAACAUUUUACUGGACCCAGCAGAGGCCUCUGAUCAGGAUGGGGACAAGCAAGAUUUGGAAGACAACUUAUUGUUUGAGUUUUCAGACAAGCCGCUUAUUUCCUGCUACAACUUGCAUGUCUCGCUCACCAGCGGGCCCAGUAAUUGGUUCCUUGUCUCUGAGGUCCUGAAGAGACUCAAGCUUUCCUCAAGAAUAUUCCAAGCUCGGUACCCGCACUUUGAAAUUGCCACAAUGCAGAAGAAAGAGUUCACUAGGCAGGUGUUUACAAGCCAGGUUCUCACCCCAUCAGAAGGUUUGGACAUUUGGCCUCAAGAUGCUGGGGAGAUGAUAGAGUUGAUACGAUAUGAGCCAGAGCUGCUUCGGCUUUUGGGGUCAUCUGUGGAAUUCCAAAGUGCCAGCUGACAAGUAAAGGGUGAUUGUUUGUAGGACACUUCUUAUGCAUCCGAGGCAAUAACCCAGACUGAAAGGAAGCGGCCUUAUCAAUGCCAGCACUGGUGAAAUGGAUUUAUUGGUUUAUUAUUUCUCUCCAUUAUGUUUUUACACAGAAUAAUGUUUGACUUUUCAGACGUAAAUCAAGGAGACAUCCAUUGCUUCUUUGGCAAUGGACAACCACAGUAUUUUUCAUCCUAGAUUUGAGAUGCUCCAUUCAUGUGAUGGUGUUAAUGCUUUCAUUUCUAUCCUCCACUGCUCUUCCUGUUGAUUUAUUUUUUUUCUUUUGGCACUACAUAUGUAACCAGGCUGCUGAAGUGAAGAUAUAUUGUGGAGUGUAGUGAUAAAUAUUUGUCAGGAAGAACAGUGAUACAUCCUGUUUUUCCAUCCUCAUAGUCUCUUCUUUACUCCCUAAAUACCAUAUCAGAUGUGUUAAGUCAAUGUCUAUGACACCUUUAUGUCAGUCUUCACAAUUCAUUAAUGUGACUACAUAGUUUUUGUUUUUCUGGUAUUUUGGAGAGAAGUGCAGCUGAAUCACCGUUUUGGGUUGCCAGGAUUGAGACUGAUAAUUUGAUUCACAUAACGUUUGAAACAGGAUAGACAAUCAUGGUUCUUUGUCUGAAGAAACUUUAGAUAGAAGCUAACCACAACUGAAGAUGCCAUGGAUCUUCCCAAGUUCUCCAUUGCCCAUUCCCUAAUCUCACAGACAGAGGUUCUUUGAGAAAUUGAAUGUUGAGAAAAUGUUUGCACACUGGUAAUGACUGGGCUGGCAGUGAAACAAGGCAUGAAUAAAACCCAGCUUCUAUUUAGAUGUUUGAACCAGAAAAAUCUAUUUUAUAGACAGACACACACAAGUUUGUGUGUUCCCAUCUACUGAUGCUUUCUAACAAUGGCCUGGUGUGGCUGUGUAAAAUGGUUUACCAAGGACAGUAUCACAGUGUGAGCCAGCGAAAUAAUGCAGACUCCGGAAUACUCGUGCAGUGUUUGUAUUGCAUAUGAGAUCAGGCCGUGCCUAUGCCAGUAAAUAUGCAUCUGCCCUGCUUUCUUUACAGGACAUGGCAAAUUCAUAGGCAGCAUGGCUAAAGACUGGGGAGAAGGAAGAUGUGUGAAUGUGCUCAGGGCUCUUCUUCCCAUCUAAUCCAAUGCUUCUUACUUUUUAUAGUAAAUGCUAAUUUUAAAGCAAUUUGGAAUGAAAGGAAAUUGUGUGACUGUUGCUUCCAGGAAGGAAAGGAAAACAGAAUUAAAUCACAAAGCCCAUUUCAUUGGGCAGGUCGUGUGAGUUGUCACAUGAACCACACGGCACUUCUUAUGAACUGAGAAUUUUCUUUUCUUUUUAAUGUAAAUGGUACAGUUUUAUUGUACGGGUGCUAAAAAAUACAACAAAAAAUAUUCA